GGGCCGGAGUGAGCGGCGGCCGCAGCUGCAGCAGGACGGCCCGCCGGCGGCUUGGGGCCCCGCGCCGGGAACCUCGCGGGGCGGGCGGGCGCGGCACCCCCUGCCUGGCCGCCUGCGCCCCGGGGAGGCGGCCCACGUGCGACGGAACCAGCAGCAUGAGCAGCGGCUACAGCAGCCUGGAGGAGGACGCCGAGGACUUCUUCUUCACCGCCAGGACCUCCUUUUUCAGGAGAGCGCCCCAGGGCAAGCCCCGCGCCGGCCAGCAAGAUGUGGAGAAAGAGAAGGAGACCCAUAAUUACCUCAGCAAAGAGGAAAUCAAAGAGAAAGUUCAUAAAUACAACCUAGCAGUCACAGACAAGUUGAAGAUGACCUUGAAUUCAAAUGGGAUUUACACUGGCUUCAUUAAAGUCCAGAUGGAGCUCUGCAGACCCCCCCAGACUUCUGGAAAGCUCGCUCCCAGUAGCAACGGCUGUAUGAAUACGCUGCACAUCAGCAGCACGAACACCGUCGGGGAAGUGAUCGAGGCCCUGCUCAAGAAGUUUCUCGUGACCGAGAGCCCUGCCAAGUUUGCACUUUAUAAGCGUUGUCAUAGGGAAGACCAAGUCUACGCCUGUAAGCUCUCAGACCGCGAGCAUCCACUCUACCUGCGUUUGGUGGCUGGGCCCAGAACAGACACACUGAGUUUUGUUCUUCGUGAACAUGAAAUCGGAGAGUGGGAAGCCUUCAGCCUUCCAGAACUACAGAAUUUCUUGCGCAUCUUGGACAAGGAGGAGGACGAGCAGCUGCAGAGCCUGAGGCGGCGCUACGCGGCCUACCGACAGAAGCUGGAGGAGGCCCUCAGUGAGGUGUGGAAACCCCGUUAGGCACCGGCUCCCUGCCGCUCAGGAAGGAGAGGCGCGGAGCCGCGUCCGAACCGGCAGCCGGCGUCUCGUUGGAGGGCUGGCUUCGUGCCCCGAGAUGCUGGGGUCUCCGCCCUUGAUCCCGAGAUCUAGUUCCCGCCACCUGGUCACGCAGCGUCCCGCGCCUUCGGCCUCUUCUGUCCGAGAUUCUGCCGCUCGGUCUAACAGCCGUGCGGGGUCACCUUGGCAAGCUGUGAAUCUGUGCUCUCAUCUGGAGCAACCUAGACGGCUUGGAAGCAUGACUCUGGGUUUUGUUUGGUUUAUUUUUAUUCCUUACCUUGUUUUAGUUAAUUAUGUGUUGAUGAAGUUAAGCUUAAGGAUGUGCAAAUGAUUUUUUUUUAAAAAGCUUAACAAGGAAUCUAUCUGAAUACUUGUCCUAUGUUGAAACUACCUGUCCAUUUUUUGUUUUGUUUUUAAAUGUCAGAAGCGAUCCAUGUGAAUUGAAAGGCACCGGAAGCUAGGAACUCGGGGGCAUUUGUGAAGGGUUUGGUUCGGAGUUGGACAGAGAACGUGAAGAGCAGGUGUGGAGGAAGGCACCAGUGGAAGUGGGGAGCUCUGCGGGAAUGCGGUUUGGGUGAGGGGUUGAUGGUCGGGGAGAAAGGUGUAUUUGGUUAUAGACCACAUGAAAGCAUUCGGUUUUGAGAUGUUAAACCCAUUGUGGUAUUGACUGAUUUGCUGGAGUAAGAUGUGGGAACAGAGCCAGAGCAAGUAGGAGCUAGACCAAAGGGAGGAACUGGGAAGUCCCGGCAGGUGGACCUCGCAGGCCCAGAUGGGGGGGUGGGGUGGGGGUCCUGCUGCGGGGGCUGCCCUCUCUGGGGACGGGUCCCCGUGUCCCCCGCCAAGGCGGGGGGUUGGCUUCUCCGGGCAGUGGGGCAAUGACCGAUGGCUAACUCCUGUUACGUUGCGGCCCUGGUCUCCCCCAGCCCGGCUGUCUUCUGAGUGGAAGGGAGAUUGGGUAGGGGGUGGCAGUUUUCCUAUUAGCUGGGUGAUUUGUCAGGUAGAGAGCUCACUGCCUACUUUUGUGACAAUCACUCCCCUUCUUUACUUGUUUUCCCUUUUUCCUCCCCUUCCCCUUUUCCACCUCCACUCUCCCCUCUUCUCCCUCUGCCUUUCUCUUACAAAUUGCAGUCUGUUUUUAUAUAAGGUAGAAUGGGGAUGUGGAUUAUAGACCCAGGGCCAUCAGAUCCUCCUUCCAAAAGGAGUACUUGACUCUGAGGAGGAAGGUGGCCAGAAAGGGAGGACUCCCCCGCCCCCGCCCCACCGCCCACGAGCUGACCACACAAGGGGGGUUCUUUCUGGAAAUGCUUUAACAAAAGUGCAUGUUCCUACCAACCAAAGAAAGGCAUGUGCAAUAGAAGCCUUCCUUGAAGCAGGUUAAAUAACCUCAUUUUUUGCAGCAGUCAAUCCGAAAACAAUAGGAAAGCUGUGGUUCUGAAGGGGCCUUAUGAUCUAUUUUUAGUCUAGAUAUAUUUUGUUUAUAAAUUCCCAAGGAAUUGUCAACACUUUGGUGACACCUAAUGGAUUCUUUUUGAAAUUCCAAGGUGCUUCAUUUCUUUGCCUCUUAAGUGAACUGUGCCUUUUAAAAAUUGCAUUUCUGUUCCCCUCUUGGUGGCACUUCUGACUUUUCAGAGAGCACCCAUCUUGUUGGAGGCAGGUGUCCGUGGUGAUCUGCUGUGCACGGUUACUGGUUACUGAGACAAUCCUAUCUUCCUAAGCUUUUUAAGGAGAGUUGGGGGAAAAAAAAAGUAGAACUAGCUAUAAAAUAUGUAUGGCACAUCUUGUUUAAUUUUGCAUGUAACUUUUUUUUAGUGCAUCGAUGAGGUUUUAGUGACGUCAUCCAAUACUUUACCUUUAUUGUUCAGGGAAUGCCUUCAUGAUUUUUAUACUGGUUUUACUGUUCAGACUGUGGCUUGGGUUUGAGUAUACUGUUAUCAGCCACCUGGUCUUUUAAUUGCCCACCCAGUAAGCUUAUAUUUUGUGAAGCAUUUGUUUCUCAGAAUAAGACACUGUUAGAACCUAAAGUAGUAGCUGAUGGUUUUUUGUGAAUUUUUUUUUUUUUUUUUUUUACUUGAAGUAGAUUGUCUAAAAUAGGCGUCGUCCUCUGUAGUACCCAGCACCUCGCUCGUUGUCGUGCGCACUACGAGUUGCAAUUUGGAAAACUUGCUGUAUUGAAAUUCUGUCAGUACUUAGUUCUUGGAAUACUGACGUUCUCUCCCAAACACUGGUUCCUGCAGCAGCAUUUUUCAUGCAUAAAAGAAGAAAGGCCACGAUGGCCAAAGAUUUUUAAAAAUCAUUGUACUAAUUCUUAGGUUAAAUUAAACUAAGCUUUGCUGUAAUACUGUUUUCUCUUCAGUAUGUGAUGGUACCAGAAUGUUGUUAAAAUGAAGGAGGUGGUAUUGCAGGGGAGCAUUUUGAAUCGCAGAAGUAAAAAAGUUAUAAUAUUUAUAAUUUUGAUGAGUUUAUUUUUAUAGGGAAGAUUUUUCUUCCCUGCAGUUGUUUCUGGAAUGGCAAAUUGUUUCCAUUA